AACACUAUUUUACGUGCAUAAUGUACAUGAACAGAGUUUUAUCACACAAAUCGAAAUAAACAUCAACAAAACUGAAUAAUGGAGACUCAUAAUGCUGUUCCGAGUCCAUAUACUGCAAGUUCAAAUGCGAUACCACCUCAUGUACUCACUGAUCUAUGCAGUCGCUUUAUCAUUAAUGUCCCUGAGGAAGAGAGACAAGAUCUGAUCCGGAUAUUUUUCCAAAUAGAACUGGCCCAUUGGUUCUAUUUAGACUUUUAUUGCCAAGAUAGUCCUGAUCUCAAGCCAUGUGGAAUCAAAGAUUUCUCUGCACAAGUCUUUCACCACUGUCCAUUCCUACAACACCAUGCAACACAAGUGGAGAAAAUCUUCGAAGAUUGGCGAGAAUACAAAAUGGCUGUUCCUACAUAUGGUGCUAUCAUGCUGGACCCAUCAUUAACAGAGGUUGUGAUGGUGCAGGGAUUCUGGGCCAAAACAAGCUGGAUGUUCCCAAAAGGCAAGGUCAAUGAAGGAGAGGCAGCAGAUGUGUGUGCUGUCAGAGAGGUGCUUGAAGAGACAGGAUUCGACACAUCGGAUCUGAUUGACCCGGAAGCCUUUCUUGAACACCGCAUGAAUGAUCAACUAGCUAGAUUGUAUAUAAUUCCAAACGUUCCUAAGGAGACACAUUUUGAGCCUCGUACAAGGAAGGAGAUCAAGCGCAUUGAUUGGUUCAAGCUGGAAGAUUUACCUUCUCAUAAAAAGGACAUGACAUCGAAAGAAAAGACUGGGUUGAACCCAAACUCUUUCUUCAUGGUCAUACCAUUCAUAAGACAGCUGAAGAAGUGGAUUGCAAGGAAACAGGGAAAACCAGAGUAUGAUAUGUCUAUGACUCCUACAAGUGCCUUGAAGAAUUCACGUCGGAAUUCGAAAAGUCUGCCGCGAGAGCAAUCUGCUGGAAAUGUGGAAAAAGACAAAGCAAGACAGCAACAACAGUUUGCACAGCAGAAUCAGCAGGUUUAUCAGGAACUUGUCAAAAUUAAGACAGACGGAAAAGGAAAAAGUCGAGACAGUGGUCGGGACAAUACCAGGACGAGGUCAGAAUCACCAAGAGCACAAAAGGACAAUCAGAGACAAUUUCAAAUUUUGAGACGAGAUGGUACUGUAACGGGAAGCACGAGGCGGGCCUUGGCUAAUCAGUUUACAGAAUCCUCUGAGGACGACCGGCCUGUACAGCAACAGAAACCAAGACAUCGGUCAAGAAAUAAGGAACAGUUUUCUUCUCCGACCUGGAUGAACUUCAAGCUAGACACUGAGUCUAUAAUGGCGUGCUUAUGAACUGGAAUUCAAUAAGUGAAGUGAUACAUCGCCCCAAUAUUCAGUUCAUUCCUGGUGUCAUAUGGCUUGUUGGAAAAGUAACACUUGCUCAGUCUGGAGAGCUACUCAGAGUUGCAAAUCAUGGGAAUAAGCCUGCAGAAAUUAUUCCGUGGUCAAACAUGUAUGAAAGAGAGGACUCCUAACAUUUCAUAGUCAGCUGAUAUGUCUUGAUCAUUUGCACUAUCCAGAGUUCAUGAUAGGGACUGGCAUUUAUCUUAUUCUCUCAGUGAAGGCAAUUUGUUGAUUCCGAAAUCCAAGCAUUGUUAAGGUGUAUUUGUUGUACGUUGUAAACAUGUGGACUGAAGAAAACUACAGAAUUUUAAAAUCAUGAUAUAUUUUAUAAGGAGCUGCAGUCAUUUUAUAGUGGAGGAUGUUAGUGAUGGCUGUAGUAUGUGUACGUGUUUUGAUAACAGUUCCUAUGUAGCAGUUGUUAUAAUAAAUGCGUAAUUUGUUAAUGAA